CGGCGAUGGUGGCGCCAGUGACGGCGACGACGACGACGACGGUGACGGUAACAAUAGGCGCGAUUGGGCGCCAUUUUGUUCGCUCUUUGCAUCGCAAACAGGCGAGGUACAGCGUGCAGCGGAGAGAUAGUCGUCCUCCGAGGAAAAAAAGCAGUUUUCUAGCAAAGCCUUGGACGGAUUUCGUUCUCGCUCGUCUUUCCUCCUCCUUCUUCUCCUUCUUUCACAUUCCUGUCCCGCGUGUCAUAUUCUUUUCUCUUGUUCCACGUCGAGCUGCGGUGCAAGCAGCAAGCAGCGUUGAUGAUUGGGAUUCCGCGGGACGAUCGGCACAAAAUCACAGUCAAGAUCCGCAACAACAUGAAGAGGAGCUCAAGUCGUGAUACCCCGCCUCCUCGUGUUAAGCGGAGCCGCUCUUCCAUGGGACGAUACGAUGAUUCCAGCGACGAACGGAUCAGUCCGGAAAGGAUUCGACGACGAAGCCGAGGAGCCAGAAGUCCCAGUCCGCCCACGCGAGCAUCGUCUCACGCUCGCUACGUUGAAUCCAGUUCCCAUCGCGACGAGUAUUUACGCGCGUCGCGCGACGUGCCGCGGGAGCGACCCUACAGCUACAAGGUGCUCUGCGUCAGCGCCAUCCAUCCAAAGGCCAGUGACGAGGUGAUCAAGGAUACUCUGUACAGGGAAUACAAGAAAUUUGGGGAGUUCUCCAUCCAGAUCUCGCACGAACCAGACGAACGUGUCGCCUAUGUGUGUUUCCGUAGCUCGGAGGACGCCCGAGACGCUAAACAUGCGAAACCGCGUAUCAUCAUGUAUGACAAACUGGCCCUGGUAGAGCCGGUAUACGAUAGACCAGAAACCUAUCGCCGUCCGCGAUCUAUCACGCCGCCGGAUUACGAGAGGUACUACGCUCGGUCUCCGGGACCUACAGAUCGGCACAGACCUAUCGAGAGAUACGAGCGUGUAUACGGACCACCGGUGGGUCUACCUCCUCAUCGGGAAAUGCGCCGCGAAACCAUUCCGCCGCCGCAUCAUGAAUUCGUCCGACCACCCAUACACCCCCAUGGACCGCCACACGUUCACCCAGGACCGCCCCAUCACUAUGGACCGCCGCGACAUAUGAUGAUGCGUCACCCAGUACAUGGAUUCGAGCGAGUGGAAAAUAAGAAAGAUAAGUUUCCCAAUUAUUUGCAUCACGUGUCACCGGAGGAUGAUCCUUUAGCUACUAGAACUCUGUUCGCCGGUAAUCUGGAGAUUAAUAUCACGGAAGAGGAGUUGCGUCGUAUUUUCAGCAAGUAUGGCAUUGUCGACGAUAUCGAUAUAAAGCGUCCACCUCCCGGUACUGGUAAUGCAUAUGCUUUCGUGCGCUUCCAAACCUUAGACAUGGCUCAUCGAUGUAAGGUAGAAUUAUCGGGUCAAUACAUCGGUAAGUUUCAAUGUAAAAUCGGCUAUGGUAAAGCAACGCCAACAACUCGGAUAUGGGUGGGUGGCCUUGGACCAUGGACUUCCGUACCACAACUUGAACGCGAAUUUGAUCGAUUUGGUGCGAUAAAAAAGAUCGACUACAUCAAGGGCGACAGUAACGCCUACAUUCUUUAUGAUUCAAUCGACGCGGCUCAGGCUGCAGUUAAGGAAAUGCGUGGUUUCCCUCUAGGUGGGCCGGAGCGCAGAUUGAGAGUAGAUUUUGCUGACGUGACACCGGGCUUUGGUUUCAAGCCCAGAUCGUAUCCUGAGGAUAACAAUGACUUCAGACCACGUCCAGUUGACUACGAAUCUCCGUAUGAUCCUUAUGGACCUGACGGUGAGUUCAGUUACGGACCGAGGGGCUUCCGAGGUGGUAGAGGUAAUGCGCCAUGGCAUGAUAGAAGAGGAAGCACUCGAGGUGGUUACAGAGGCUCAUAUCCUGAUGGUUAUAUACGCGAUGAAGCUGACUGGUCCAGUAGAAGACCUCCGCCUGAAUUGGAAUACGAGGCACCACGUGGUCUGAGAAGAUCGCUUUCGCGCGAACCAGGAGUCGACAGAUCAAGAUCACGUUCACCACGUAGACGACAAAUGGACUCUGAUUCAGAUUCGGAGAAUGCUCGCACUGGCAUGCUGUCAACGUCUCGUACGUUACCAGACGUUGCGCGCAAGUCAAUCGCAGUUUGGCAAGGUGCGUUGAUACUAAAGAACUCAUUGUUUCCAGCCAAAUUCCAUCUGACUGAUGGCGAGACGGAAAUAAUCGAUUCUCUAAUGAAAGAUGAGGAGGGUAAACACAUGUUGCGCAUCACACAGCGAUUGCGUCUUGAUCAACCUAAGUUAGAUGAUGUGUCUAAACGAAUUCAAACGUCGAGUUCGCAUGCUAUCUUCCUUGGUUUGGCUGGCUCAAGUACCGCGAUUACGAAUGACGACGCUAAUGUUCAAACGCGACCGCUGCGCAAUCUCGUCUCUUAUCUGAAGCAGAAAGAAGCUGCCGGUGUGAUAUCAUUGCUGAACAAGGACACGGAAGGCACCGGUGUGCUCUACGCCUUUCCACCCUGUGCAUUCUCGACGGAACUUUUGAAACGCACAUGUCCUAGUUUAAGCGAAGAAAGUCUUAAGGAAGACCACUUGGUAAUUGUAGUGGUCAAGGGGGGUAGCGCCUAAUAUCGUCUUUUGUGUCCGUAUUUUCUACAUCGUAAGUGCAAAGAUUCUUUAACAUGCAAUUCCUAAGAGCUUUUCUACUCUGAUCAUUUAACAAGGAAAUGUUUGUCUCAAAAUGGAUUGAAUGGGAAAUACGUUGUUUAUUGAAAAAAAAAAAAAAUCUAUA